GCCUGGCACACACCCUCCUCCGCAGGAACAAGGAGGGAGAGGUGGAAACAGCAGGGGUUGGGACCAAGGUCCUGUGUAGUGUGCAUCCCAGCCCAACCCCCUCAAUGAGCCCAAAUCAUCACCUCCCCUGGUAGUGGGGUUCAGCACAGACAGCCGAAGAACUGCUGGACCUCUGGGACCCCACUGGAUUGGAACCUGCAUUGGAGAAUAUCUCCUGAGUGGAUACCCUCUUCUGAACUAGGGAUGUAGGACUUCGAAACUAGAAAAUGCCAGGUCUCAAAGAGAGGGAAGAACAAGUCGAACAACACACAGAGCUCUGUGUAUUCAGAGGGAAGUUGGCAGGGCUGUGUUCGGGCAGAGAAACUCCGAGUGGUACAAAGGGACGUGCCCAGAGUGGAGAAAUCAUGCUAAUUGUCUGCACCAGAGCUGGAGAACGCCACCCAAAAUGAAGAGAGAGAGGGGAGCCCUGUCCAGAGCCUUCAGUGCCUUGCACCUCGCUCCUUUUGUCUACCUUCUUCUGAUCCAGACAGAGCCCCUGGAGGGGGUGAACAUCACCAGCCCGGUGCGUCUGAUCCAUGGCACGGUGGGGAAGUCAGCCCUGCUCUCCGUGCAGUACAGCAGCACCAGCAGUGACAAGCCUGUGGUGAAAUGGCAGCUGAAGCGGGACAAACCAGUGACUGUGGUGCAGUCCAUCGGCACAGAGGUCAUUGGCACCCUGCGACCUGACUAUCGAGACCGCAUCCGCCUCUUUGAAAAUGGCUCCCUGCUUCUGAGUGACCUGCAGCUGGCUGAUGAGGGCACCUAUGAGGUCGAGAUCUCCAUCACUGAUGACACCUUCACUGGAGAGAAGACCAUCAACCUCACUGUGGAUGUGCCCAUCUCAAGGCCGCAGGUGUUAGUGGCUUCGACCACGGUGCUGGAGCUCAGCGAGGCCUUCACCCUCAACUGCUCCCACGAGAAUGGCACCAAGCCCAGCUACACCUGGCUAAAGGAUGGCAAGCCCCUCCUCAAUGACUCGAGGAUGCUCCUGUCCCCUGACCAAAAGGUGCUCACCAUCACCCGCGUGCUCAUGGACGAUGAUGACCUGUACAGCUGUGUGGUGGAGAACCCCAUCAGCCAGGGCCGCAGCCUGCCCAUCAAGAUCACCGUGUACAGAAGAAGCUCCCUCUACAUCAUCUUGUCCACAGGAGGUAUCUUCCUCCUUGUGACCUUGGUGACAGUCUGUGCCUGCUGGAAACCCUCCAAAAAGUCUAGGAAGAAGAGGAAGCUGGAGAAGCAAAACUCCCUGGAGUAUAUGGAUCAGAAUGAUGAGCACCUGAAACCAGAAGGUGAGCUCCCAGCCACCCACUCACCCUUCCCAUCGCCACUCAGAUCAGUGGGCUGCUGGGAAAAGGCAGAACUGGGCGACCAGGAAACCAGCUCUGCGGGGCCCCUUCCUCCACCAACUGCACGAAGACUGCAGAGCAGGGAGAAGUGCGGCCAAGGUAGGACCCCAGCAGACAGCCUGCCCAGAAGCGGAGAGCAGGAGCGGAAGAACCCCAUGGCGCUCUACAUCCUGAAGGACAAGGACACCCCCGACCUGGAGGAGAACCCCGCCCCGGAGCCUCGGGCCGCGACAGAUCCUGGCCCUCCGGCGUACUCCGUGUCGCCGACGGUCCCCGGCCGCUCGCCUGGCCUGCCCAUCCGCUCCGCCCGCCGCUAUCCGCGCUCUCCUGCGCGCUCCCCCGCCACCGGCCGGACGCACACGUCGCCACCGCGCGCCCCGAGCUCGCCCGGCCGCUCGCGGAGCGCCUCGCGCACACUGCGGACUGCGGGCGUGCACCUGAUCCGCGAGCAAGACGAGACGGGCAGGGUGGAGAUCAGCGCCUGAGCGGCCUCGGGACCCCCCGGAGGCACCCUCGCUCUGCGACCCCGGGCCCCGGAGCGGGCCUGGAAGCCCAGCUGCCGGCCCGCGGCGAGGGGUGGUUCUGGUGGGAAGCGGGGGUCAGGCGAGUGUGCGAGGGUGAGCUUGAGCAUUUGGGGGGUCUGGGGGGACGCAGCGGGGCGGCAGGGAGCCGACCUGGUGGUGAAAGCGUCGCGGUUCACUGGCUGUGCUCUCAGUGGGUAUGGGUUCUGCCCUCUUAGCACCCUAUAGAUGAUUCUGUUUCCAGCCCAAUGCCCCAAGGGUCGUGAGAAAACUAACAUCAAUAACCUAACUCCCGAGACUAUCCUCUGCCCUUCCCAGGGAGCUCUCAUGCUUCUCACCCACCUCCCUGGCCUCCGAACAAGUGUGGUUCCUGGGGCACUUUCCUGGCAGGCCCUUGUUAGGAAGGUCAAUGACCCAAAACGCACAACUGCCCUCAACUGAGGAGAAGGCAGAUGCUGGUUACUCAGUGCACUGGGGCUACUCCCUUUACUGGGAGUCCUUGGGCAGGCAGUGCCUGGGAGCCCCUUCUCUGCAGAGCUGAUACUGGCUACCUGCCAGUUGGUGAGGAGGAAACCCAAAUGCAUUUCUUUGCCACUGAAGGGGAGAUUGGGGGUUCGCUAGGGCUGGGAACUCAGCCACCCCUGGCCUCCUCCCAAAGCCUCCCUCAGGCCACUGCCAAGCAUUCCUUCCACCCUUAUUCCUGUGGAGAAGGGGUUUCCCACCCCCUCACCCCUGCCCCCUACCCCACCCCAGUCCCCACCACAGGAAGCUGCAGACAGUAAAGAACUCUUGGUAACUCUCACACCUGUACCUGCUCCCUGGCUUCCUUACAGAACAAGCCUUU